CAACAAGCAACACUCACGAAACGGAAGUGCAUUCGACAAAAAGAAAAGUUCUCUUGAUGAAAAAUCACCUGUCCAACGUUCUGUGUGCGAUGCGUAGUGACUUCAAGGAUAAUCACCAGGAGACCAUCAAUAAAAUGAUACAAUUUGGUACAGUGAAAUAUGGCAUUGUCAAACAGCUGAAGGAUCGCGCUCGCAGCGCCGACAAAGAAAUAGGCAGCGAUCAGGAGGAAAACGGCGGCUGCUCGCCGCUAACCACAGCCACCACCACGGAGCCCAGUCGCAGUCCCGAGCCGGAGGAGCAGCACCAGCAGAACCACCAGGACCAUCCGCAGCAGGAGGAGGAACAGCCAACAAAGGAGAGCCAAGAAGCGCUUCAAUCAGAUCUAGAAACAGUUGAGGAUAACAACAAUAUGGUGGUUAUGUCCAAACCAAAAUCUGAGGAGCGAGAGCCCAAUGCCAGUGGCUCUAUGCCAAGUUCACCCGUGGCUGAGGCCAGUGCCGAAGAGGCGGCCAUUGAGAGAGUUCCCAAGCAGGAGAAUAAGGAUAACAAGGACAUCGAGGUGGAUGUAGAAAUGUCGGAUGAGCCCACGAGGAGUGCACUGCCCGAGACACAGGUAGCAUUGCCAGGAGUGGCUGCUCCAGUGACCCUCGAGGUCAUUCAAAACAUGCAGAUGGCCAUUGCCCAGUUUGCGGCCAAAACGAUUGCUAAUGGAUCCUCGGGGGCGGACAACGAGGCAGCCAUGAAGCAGCUGGCCUUCCUGCAGCAGACCCUCUUCAAUCUGCAGCAGCAGCAGCUCUUCCAGAUCCAGCUCAUCCAGCAGCUGCAAUCGCAACUGGCCAUCAACCAGGCCAAGCAGGAGCUGCUUGCCGACGAUGAUGAGGAGCAGGAACUGGAGCAAGAUCAGGAUCAAGAGCUGGAGACGGAUACCUACGAGGAGGAGGAACGCAUUGCGGACAGACUGCGGCAGAAGGCCGAGGCUCGAAUGGCGGCCAAGGCUCGUCAGCAUCUGAUCAAUGCUGGUGUUCCCUGCGAGAAUCCCGGUUCCCCCAGUGAUUCUCUGAAGCGGAGGCGAGAGCAUGACCAUGAGUCCCAGCCCAAUCGAAGGUUAAGCUCGGAGACCUCGCACAAGGAGAACUCCACCCAGGAUGCGCUGGCCAAGCUUAAGCUAGAGAUGGAGAACACACCGCUGCCCUUUGGCUCGGACCUGGCCUCCAGCAUCAUUACCCACCACGAUGAUCUGCCGGAGCCCAAUUCCCUGGAUCUCCUGCAGAAGCGCGCCCAGGAGGUGCUGGAUUCCGCCUCACAGGGAAUCCUGGCCAACAAUAUGGCCGAUGAUUUCGCUUUCGGUGAGAAGUCAGCGGAUGGUAAGAACCGCAAUGAACCCUUCUUCAAGCACCGCUGCCGGUAUUGCGGCAAGGUCUUUGGUUCCGACUCUGCCCUCCAGAUUCACAUCAGAUCCCACACCGGCGAGCGACCCUUCAAGUGCAAUGUCUGCGGCAGUCGGUUUACUACCAAAGGCAACCUGAAGGUUCACUUCCAGCGUCAUGCCCAAAAGUUCCCGCACGUGCCCAUGAAUGCCACACCCAUACCGGAGCAUAUGGACAAGUUCCAUCCGCCGCUGCUGGAUCAGAUGUCGCCCACGGACAGCUCACCCACUCACUCCCCAGCUCCGCCACCAGUAAGCUCUGCUUCCACCUCGUUUGCUCCGGCUUUUCCUGGCUUGCAGAAUCUGUACCGCCCGCCCAUGGGGAUCCUUAAUAGUUUGGGUGCCGCUGCUCCGCAUCCGUUCUUCCCGCAAGAUUUACCCACAGACCUGAGGAAGCCUUCGCCACGCCAAGAGGAGGAGGAGCAGGAACAGGAGCCAGAGCCGGAGCGACAAAUGGCGGUGAAGAAUGAGCCGGCAGAGGAGAAGGACCAACGGGAGGAGGAGCAAGAGCGAGAGGAGGAGAGUGGAGAAACCUCAGAGCCGGAACCGGAACCUCUGCCCCUGGAGGUGAGCAUAAAGGAGGAGCGUGUGACAUAUGAGCCGGAUCAGACUCAGGAGCAGGAUCGUCUCUCGGAACCACAGAGAUCACCCUCACCCAGGCCUAAGGUAGAGCGCUCACCACACCACCACCACCACCACCAACAUCAUCUCCAGCAUCACCAGCAGCAGCAUCACCUGCACCACCGCAGCAGCCACCUGGGCUAUCCGCCAGUGGUGCAGCCCAUCCAGCCCGCUGGCCUGAUGCACCAGCAGCCCUCGCCGGGCUCCCAAUCCCACCUAGAUCACCUGCCCACGCCGGGUCAGCUGCCACCGCGCGAGGAUUUCUUUGCCGAGCGUUUCCCCCUCAACUUUACCACCGCCAAGACCCACUCACCCGAGCACCAUUCCCCCGUGCGAUCUCCGGCCGGAGGAGCCCUGCCCCCGGGUGUCCCACCGCCGCCACAUCAUCAUCCGCAUCACAUGGCCAGGUCACCGUUCUUCAAUCCCAUCAAGCAUGAGAUGGCCGCUUUGUUGCCACGUCCGCACAGCAAUGACAACUCGUGGGAGAACUUCAUCGAGGUGUCCAACACCUCCGAGACCAUGAAGCUCAAGGAGCUGAUGAAGAACAAGAAGAUCAGUGAUCCCAAUCAGUGUGUCGUCUGUGAUCGAGUCCUCUCCUGCAAGAGUGCCCUCCAGAUGCACUAUCGCACCCACACGGGCGAACGUCCGUUCAAGUGCCGCAUCUGUGGAAGAGCCUUCACCACGAAGGGCAACCUGAAGACCCACAUGGCGGUGCAUAAGAUUCGGCCACCGAUGCGCAACUUCCAUCAGUGCCCCGUGUGCCACAAGAAGUACUCCAAUGCCCUUGUCCUGCAGCAGCAUAUCCGAUUGCAUACGGGUGAACCCACUGACCUCACGCCGGAGCAGAUCCAGGCAGCGGAGAUCAGGGAUCCUCCGCCUUCAAUGAUGCCGGGUCAUUUUAUCAAUCCCUUUGCAGCGGCUGCCUUCCACUUUGGUGCCCUGCCAGGCGGUCCAGGAGGACCUCCUGGAGCUCCCAAUCAUGGAGCGCACAAUGGUGGACUGGGGUCUGAAUCCUCUCAAGGAGAUCUGGAUGAUAACAUGGAUUGCGGGGAGGAAUUCGAUGAUGAUGUGUCCUCGGAGCAUCUCUCCAACAGCCAUCUGGAGCAGGAGGGCGACAGGCCAAGAUCAGGAGAUGACUUCAAAUCUUUGCUCUUCGAACAGAAGCUACGUCUCGAUGCGGUGAACACCAAUUCCGUGCGACCAAGAUCCUCUGCCUCAAGUCAUGGCCACUCGGCGGGUUCCACUUCGGCGCCCACAUCCCCAUCGGUGAAUCAACCACACCUUGUGCCGAAACGUAGUGCCUCACCUGCUCGCUCCGAGGCCUCCCAGGGAGCUCUGGAUCUCACGCCACGAGCUGCUCCUACCUCCAGUUCCGGCUCACGAUCACCGCUGCCCAAGGAGGAGCCUGUGAGUCCACAUCGGCCCAGGAGUCCCAGUAUUCCAAGUGGUCCCAAUGUCCAUGCACCCGCCGCCUCCCUGCUCUCGUCCCCAUUGCCACCGACUGUGGGCAUUGAUUGUCUGCCUCCUGGCCUCCAGCAUCAUCUGCAGCAGCAGCAUCAACAUCUGAUGCAGCAACAGGCAGCAGUGGCUGCUGCAGCGGCUGCACAGCAUCAUCACCACCAGCAGAUGGCAGCGUUGCAUCAGCACCAGGAGCAACUGCGUCGCCAGGCGGCGGAGGAGCAGCAAAAGGCCGCAGCAGCAGCUGCAGCGGCGGCGGCAGCAGCGGCUGCUCAGCGUCAGAAUUCCCCGCAACCGAAUCAGAGGACAGAGAGUGGUCCUGGAACCUGUGCCAGGUGCGGUGGUCCACCCAACCCGCUGAUGGGUGCCCGGCCGCCCUUUGGCAUGUUUCCCAAUCUGCCACUCUUUCCGCCCGCCACCACACAGAAUAUGUGCAAUGCCAUGAAUCAGAUCGCUCAAUCCGUAAUGCCGGCGGCUCCAUUCAAUCCCCUGGCACUCAGUGGCGUCCGUGGAAGCACCACCUGCGGCAUCUGCUACAAGACAUUCCCCUGCCACUCGGCGCUGGAGAUUCACUACAGAAGCCACACCAAGGAGCGACCCUUCAAGUGCAACAUCUGCGAUCGCGGCUUUACCACCAAGGGCAACCUUAAGCAGCACAUGCUGACCCACAAGAUCCGCGACAUGGAGCAGGAGACCUUCAGAAAUCGUGCCGUGAAAUUUGAGUGAGUGUAAAGGUCAUCACAAAUAAGCAAAACACACGCAGCUACCGAUAGCACGAUCCCGAUCAAGAUCGGGAGGAUGCGUUACAGAAUAUCCUUGUAACUCCCAGAACAUGGCCGGCGAUCAUCCCAAUUCAGUGAUCAUCCCAGACACAGUCAAGAUGCAAUCGAUUCUCGCAACCAAAUGAUCUCAACAGAGGAGGAUAAAGAGGGAGAGAGCGGGGUGUACACAAAUCUUUUUAUAUUUAUAAAAUGUUGCCACAAAAAAAAAUAUUAUUUGAUUGUUGUUCCGCCGAGCGAAAGGAGAAGGGAGCUAUAUGAUCUAUGAUCGAACGCUCUCACCCGGAGAAGAAUUCAUAAACAAUUUUUAUGAGUUCCAGGAGAACAUAAAUAUAUAUAAACUAUAUACCAAUACCUGGGUUGGAUCAUGAAACGUAUCCAAAGAUGCAUCAAAAGCGAUUGUGUUCCAGCUGAUAAAAAAAAAGCGAACCAAAGGCGGCUGGGAAUGGAGAGACUGAUAACGUUUCAUGUUCCACUCGGAACCAAAACUAAAAAAACGGAUGUAUCUUUGUAUCCGUAUCCGUAUCUGAAGUCGCAGCAACAGCAGCAGAAGUGAAGUGAAGGCGUAGUAAAAUCAAAAUUCGAAUUUAAAGCAAAAACUUAAGGUAUAUGCUAAUAUAAAUAUAAUAGGUACCUAAGCAAGAUUCAAGCAGAUAUAUAUAUAUAUGUAAAUACAUAUGAUAUAUUAUAACCAAACCCCUCACACCCAAAACAAACACACACACAACAUGUUAAUAAUCUAUUUGGAAUGUGCAAUAAUAUGACAUGCUAUAAAUUUAGAUGCGAACGCCGAGCGCAGGCUUUUGUUUCCUACUAUUCGUAAAUUAGAUUUAUUUUCCACUUGUGUAAAUACUUCGUAUAAAAACAACACACCACACACAUAUUAUAAUUAUUAUUAUUAAACACACACAUUUCGAAAUCCAAAACGCUUUGCUUUGAGAAUGGGUUAGGAAUACAAAAAAAAACUGAAGAAAAUCUAAA